AUGUUCUCUCUUACUGAAUUCAAAACAUCGCAAGAGGAGAAUAUUAAAAAAAUACAUGAUGUAGUAUCGUCAUUAAAGGAACAACUAUGUAAUCUAAAACAUAUUUCACAUAUUCUUUCUCAGGACCAAGUAACUAUUAAGGAUCCUUUAACUUCUAUACACUCAGCUCAACAGGCUCCUUGGAAUUCUCAUCCAAGCGCAUCGAUACUCUACAGGAACGUGCAAAUUGUUCAGAAGAAAAACUUAAGAUACAAAGUCGUGAAAUUACCGAAAUGCAAAGUGAUAUUAGACAGGCUUUCUUUCAAAGACCAAAGACAAGAGCAGUGGGCAUGUCAGUUAAAUGUAGAAGUGGUGGGAGCACCAGAAAUUAAAACUGAAAAUCUUACAAAUAUAGUAUUAAGCAUAGCAAAAAAAGCAGGUGUUGUGAUGAGCAUCGGCGAUAUAGAAAGCUGCACAAGAGUACAAUCGAAAGAUCCCGUUAAAGGUCGACCCCGCAAUAUUAUUAUAAAAAUGUCCUCCGUAUUCAUAAGGAUAAUCUCAUUGCUGGCGUCAAAAAACAUCGUUACUACUGGAGAUCUUAGGCACGGAGGUGAACUCAAGAAAAUAUUUUUUAACGAGCAUUUAACUCUAGAUAACAGGAGGUUAUAUAAAAAGUGUCGAUAA